AUCGCAAAGGUUUAAAAAAUCCACGUGUUGUGUAUCCGAGUUAGUCAGACCCUUACUUCGUCUGUAGCUGUAUUUCGCCCUCUUCACACAAACCUUUGUUUACAUCGCACUCCUCCUCAACGGCGCCAUUGACUCUAUCACCAUAGACCUCCUCACAAAAUUCUCAUCUUUAUUCCAAUUUUGAUUCUCAAAGUUCUUAGAUUCUGUUUGAUCCUUUCAAGACGAUGCAAUUUUGUUGGAAUUGGAAGUAGAACAAAGAAAUUCAAACCCUAGGACGAUGAAGCCAUCUUCCGGAGCAAUCAAUGUAGCUGCCAGCGCACAGAAGAUAAAUGUCGAUAAUCGAAUUUCUCUCCGUUACUACUACCGGAUCGCCGAGAACAUUCUUCGCCAGGCUGCCAUAUUCCGAGAAGAGAAGAAUAUUAUCGAUCUAUAUAUUAUGCUCCUAAGGUUUUCAAGUUUGGCUACAGAAACAAUACCAUUCCAUAGAGAUUAUCGAGCAUCUGUUCAGAGAGACAAGCUUUAUCUGAAGAAGAAAAUAUUGAGUGUCAUAACUGAGCUGGAGGGGUUGAAGCCAGCUGUACGAGAAAAGCUUGAAGAGUUAUCCAGAAAACAUGCAUAUCAAUCAAAUGGAUGGAGUAAUCUUCCUCAAACGAAAUUGUUGGAGUCAUCAAAAUCUUUACCUUCUGUUAGGCAGCAAACUUCACUGAAUAGUUAUGCCAUCAAUAAGUACCAGGCACCACAGGUACAGGUUAAUAAUGUUAAUGGGGGGUAUGGCUAUCAAGAUACUCGGAUGCAGUUGUAUUCACCUGCUAAUACUCUGGAAGAGCAAACUAGGCAAUUUUCUCUAAAUAUUCCUCGUGCAAGGGAAGAAACUCUCUCUAGACAUUCUAUUUUGGGCCCGAAUGGACUUCGUGGGCAACGCCCAGCUCCUACCUUCAAUGUUGCGGUUCGUUAUCCAAGCAAUAUAGAUUUGUCACCAGUGGAAAUCCCAAGGGAGAAGAAGCUUCAUUUGUUGGAGAAUGGUGCUUCGGUUGAAAAAAUUAGCAGCAACUUAGAACAUGCAAAACCAAGUGUAGAAUCAACUAUUAUACCAAAAAACAACAAUCAGCCUCAUAUUAAUGAACUGGAUUCCUUGAUUUCUUUUGAUGAAAAACCAGAAACCCCCCCUAUUCAGAUGGACAUUAUAAGACAGCCCUCCCCACCUCCUGUUUUAGCUGAGGUCCAAGAUUUGAUUCCCACAGCAUCACCUCCGGUCACUGAUGCAGGGCCUGGUUCCUUAAAUUCUACUGAUGGUGUCGUUGUUUCUGAAUCCCCCCUCGAGUUACACAUUUCCACGAAAUUGAUGGACAAUUUCAUGAAGAUGGCAAAGUCAAAUACAGACAAAAACUUAGAGACAUGUGGUAUUCUUGCUGGUUCACUAAAAAACCGAAAAUUCUAUGUUACAGCACUCAUCAUUCCAAAGCAAGAAGCCACAACAGACUCGUGUCAGGCUACAAAUGAGGAGGAAAUAUUUGAAGUGCAGGACAAAAGAUCGUUAUUCCCCCUUGGAUGGAUACACACACAUCCAACACAAUCUUGUUUCAUGUCAUCAAUUGAUGUUCAUACACACUAUGCAUAUCAGAUUAUGUUGCCUGAGGCCAUCGCAAUUGUCAUGGCACCAAGAGAUAGUUCAAGAAAGCACGGCAUUUUCCGCUUGACAACACCUGGCGGUAUGGGAGUGAUUAGAAGUUGUCCGCAUCGAGGUUUCCAUGCACACGAUGCACCGUCAGAUGGCAGUCCGAUUUAUAAACAAUGUACAGAUGUUUAUAUCGACCCCAAGUUGAAGUUUGAUGUUAUUGAUUUGCGGUGAUGUUUGAUGGAUUUACACCAAAGGGUUUGAAAUAUUGUCAUUGUUUGGAUUAAUUAUUGAAAAAAAAUUAUGAUACCCAAG